AUGAAACGAAGUAGCAGUUUGCCGCAGUUUAAUGCUACUGUAUUCGUUAAAGAAUGCAGGCCUGAAGCAAACUAUGAGAAUCAGUCAUCAAAACAUGAACGGCCAAUAAAUGCAAAGGGAUACGGUGGACGUUACAGUUUAAAUAAGGCGAAAAAUUGUGGAAAGUAUUAUAAUGAGAACAUUCAAGAUCGUGUGAGAAUGCGAAAUUCAUCAGUUCGUGGACAAGUGGAACGAUUUCCACGCCAUGAAAACUAUACUGUGUAUGAUGAAGUUUAUCGAUGCCUGUUACCGGAGCCAAAUCAACCAUUGGCUGACACUGUAAUGCAGCCGUCAGCAUCCAUAUCCACUGCUAUGAUGCGUUGUGAAUUAGGCAGAUCAGCUAGUGACCGAGAUCAGUAUCAUUGCAGUUUGUACCGCUUACUCCGCGUCAGUGUUAUGGCCAAAUUAAAUCGGUUGUGUGAGAAGACAGCACUCGGAAGUGUGCGAAAAUUGUCGCAACAGGUACUUCUGAUUAAUCGCAGAAACGAACGCUUCAAGUGGAGUGAUGUGUUAUGGUUACAGUUGCAAGUGGUAGUUGCCGGGAGGCAAAUGAAAUCACCAAGUGAUCAAAUUAAAUCAACUCGUGAACAUGAUAAGUAUCUGAUAGCUGAACGUGAAAAACAAAAAGUGGUCUUGGAAGAAAUUCGAAAUUUCCAUUUGAACGAUAGAAAUGAGGUGACAUGUUUAUCACCGUCUACAGAGAUCUUAAGUCAAAGUCAAAGAUCACUUAAGGAGGAAUUGAAUACAGUCAAGGAUAUGUUGGAACGUUAUGAAAAUUUUGUGGCACUAUAUCCUAAUAUGCAUAGCAUGGAGCGAUCAACAAAUAUGGAUGAAUUGGUCAAAACUCGAAUUCAAAUUCUUUACGCCUGGUAUAAUAUCACGAUUGAUUUGUAUGCCAGGAUAAGAGAGGUUGGUGUGAUCCUGGGUAUGUACAAAGAUCGUAAUUCCAAUGGUCGUAUUUCACUUUCUCCGAAUGUUGCACCAAAAGAUAGCGCUAUCAACGAUUACUUGAUUGCAGGACUUUCGUGGCCAUCAUUAGAUAGUCCUAUUGAUGCAAAUGAAUUCCCCUCAUCACCACAAAAUUUAAAUGAACCGGAUGACGCUUCAAGUCCACAAAAUCUAUUAUUAAAACCUCAUUCAAAUGUGAUUACAUCAGUAGACUUUCCUGUAUUACGUGAACAACCGUACAAUAUUUAUACCGCUUUCGUCUCACGUAGUUUACGACGUAAAGGUAUGCGAAAGAUAUUGCAGCGCUUGGAUAGCGUUUGCUUUACAACCAUAAAAAAGACUAUUGCAAUGUUGGAGAAAUCACCAAUUACUUAUGCAGAAGUAGUGGAAAGUGGGAACAGGCAGCGGUUGAUGCAUUAUACUAUGGUGUCAGUUCCUCAGUAUUACGUCAAUGAUUGUUUAAAAUUUGAUGAUGUAUCGCAGAAGCAGAAACGAGAUUUACCACAGAGUUUGACAAGUCAUCAAGAAUUUUUAAUGAUGAAAUUGCCAUCAUUCCAGGAUCUGUUCUUGUUUUUAGUGCGAGUACCGCUUGAUCUAGUUCACGAGUGGUUAAAAAUGCGUAGAUCUGCACAACUUCCAUCUGACUUGUUAACUCUACAAACGGUAAUGGAGGACUGCCACGAUUGUAUUGAGGCUGCAAUUGCUGUGAAGCAUCGAUUUGUAUCAUUGGUACAGUUGGCUGGUGUUGAUAACAAAGUGCUGUUUGGUUUCCUGGUACCGUUUGAGGAUGAAUUGGCCGAGGUUUUUAAGAGCUACCUUACAUGCAUUCGUGACUGGGUACAUGGAGAAGUCACUACUGAGGGAAUGAGCGUCGAAUGGACUGAACGAGUUAUUCAGAAUCUGACGUCACAGUGGUCGGUGGCGAGACGUUUUGCUGUAAACGUAAUUUCUGGUGAAAGUGAAACAGUGCAUCGAUUUUGUAUAAUUGCGGGUGAUUUAAUGCGCAAAAUGGUCAAUGACUAUUUGCCAGAAAAAGAAGAUCUGAUGGAUGAAUGCAGAAGUAAUUUUGAGAAUGCUUGUACUGAUGGUUUGCAAGAAUAUGACGAUUUGUCGCUGCGACGGAAUGCAUCACAAAUAUUCAUUACGUGUAGGCAUUUUAAAUCACUGGUUUGUCAAAUGAAGGAUCGUUCCUUGCGGUCGCUUGCAUUCACUGGGAUGCUUCUGAGGGAUAUUGAAAUAUGUGCCCUCUAUAACUUAAAGUCUGCUGACAUGCAUAGCUGCCUGUCUCAGUUACUUAUUUCACAUCAUUCACAAGUCGUUAUUUCUAAUGAUUUAACAAAUAUAAACAGUAACUACGUGAUGUUUUGUGAUCAAAACGCAUCAGAAAAUAUCGAUUUCCUUCGGAUAUUGCUCAACAUUACAUGUUCUCGUCAUCGUGCUGAAUUACCAAAAGAUGUUGUUGAUUGCAGCGGUUACUUGUUGAUUAUUUCACUUCGAACAUGUUUUGUUGAUUUUUCUCAAGAAAUGUGGAGUGGGACACGUUUGACGAUCGAUCUUGAUGCGGAUACUGAACUUUCCUUGCGCUAUUUUCAGUUAUCGAACGAUGCAUGUCUGUUAGCAAUCAGUGCUCCCUCAUUACUAAAAAUGAGAGAAUUAUUUAUUCGAAAUAUGACAGCAGGAAAUGGUUUCAUGUUUGAAGUACUGGAAGAGCAAGCAUCUUGUCAUGAUAUCGUCAUUGAGAGCACAAAACAACUCAGAGAACUUGCGUAUCGAACAUGCCAAAUGUUAUUUGACGAAUUUGCUGGUAAAAUGGUUAGAGAUGUGUUAGAUGGACAAGAAUUAAGUUCUCUCGAUAUUAAUGAAUUAGAGUCCGUUCGAGCUACACUCAUACAAGCGUAUAAUCUUGCUUUUGAGUACCAUCGAGAAUUCUAUCGAAUAUUACCGAAACAGGAUCGUCACUCUUUUGCCUGGCAAACGGUUUGCUGGGCAAAGGAUUGGUUACAUUUUGCAUUAGAAUUUGUUAAUCCAGGUGAUGGAACUGUUCCACUAUGGGCGAUACAGUCAUUUCAAUUUUUAAUAUUGGCAGCAUGUCCUGAACUAACUGUAGCAUUAACAGAAGAACAAUUUCAGACUUUGGUGAAAAUUGUGGAUGCAUGCGUUGCGCAUGUUGUGGGUAGCGGUAUUCCAGAUUCAGUCCUGGUGAAUGGAACGUUCUUCGACUGUGAAGUGGACAAUACAAGUUCCCGUGGUCGUACGGAAUCUAAGCCGUAUUCUGUGACAGAUGCCACAGCUCGUUCUCAAAGAAUUUCCAAGCUGUUGCGUAACAUCGAUGAAAAGCGUAAUAGACAUUUAGAGGCGGACAACAAGAUUGGUCGAAUAACAGAAGGUGGUCGAAGAGCGUUGACAUUAUCAACAUAUUUUAAUCCGAAAAAGCGAGCACCAUUUGAAUGGCAACGACUAGAAAAAAAGAUUGGAUGUGGAAAGUUUGGUACAGUAUAUUUGGUGAUGAAUUUAACUGAAAACUGUUUGAUGGCUAUGAAACAAAUCCGUAUUGAACGAAAUGAUAAGGCAUUGCUGGCUUUGGUUGAUGAAGUGGAGAAUUUGAGCUUAUUGGAUCAUCCAAAUUUGGUUAAAUAUUAUGCAGUAGAAGUUCAUCGGGAAGAAUUGCUUAUUUUUAUGGAAUACUGUUCCGAAGGGACACUUGAAGAAGUAUGUCGUGAGGGUUUACUGGAUAUGCGAUGCGUUCGGCGAUAUACACAUUUCUUGUUAAAAGGAGUGGAAUAUAUACAUAUGAAAAUGAUGAUUCAUCGAGAUAUAAAGCCUGCAAAUAUAUUCCUCGGAAAGAGGGACGUUUUGAAACUUGGCGAUUUUGGAAGUUCAGUGAGAUUGAAGGAUGGUACAACAGCUUGUGGUGAAGUAGCUGAAUGGGUUGGUACUCCGGCUUAUAUGGCACCAGAAGUACAGACGCUUGGUGGACGGACAGAAAUGAACGGUAAAGAGGAACUUGUUGGAUAUGGCAGAGCAGCUGACAUUUGGAGCGUUGGAUGCGUAGUUCUACAAAUGUGUACGGGCAAGCCUCCAUGGCAUGAAUGUGAACAAGUACUGCAAGUUGUUUUUCGUGUUGGUAGUGGUAUGAGACCAACAAUACCGCAAAGCUUGCAAGCAGAUUUGACAUGUUAUUCAUUUUUGGACCUGUGUUUCCAGGUCGAGCCAAGUAAACGAGCUACGGCUGAGCAACUUCGCAAAGAUCCAUUUGCUGAUAUAAAUGUUUGUGAAAGUUGUGAUUCGCGAAGUUGA